AUGGAGCCUCCGCCUCGGAGCAGCCACGAUGCCCAUGGCCAUGCUGACGCGGAUGCCGCCGCGGAUGCCGCCAUCACCGGCUUGCUCAGGCUGGGCAUCUGUGAAGAGCGAGAAGAAGCCCAUGAGGUGAAGCCCGCGGAGAUCUCGCUUCCCGGAGAGGGGGGAGAGGAGCAGAAGGCUCAGUCCGAACCUGAGCAGGGAGCAGCCGCGGAAGGGAAAGAGGCGGGAGACCAAGGAGGAGAAGGAGAAGAAGGCAGAGAUGUCCCCGCGGGAGCCGCCGGCCCCAAGGACGGCGAAAGCCAGGAGACCGAGGCGGAGGCUGAGGCGGAGGCUGAGGCGGAGGCCGAGGCGGAGGCCAGCGGCGACGGCGGGGAGCAGGGCGGGGAGGAGCAGCCCCCGCGGGCCGCCGUGGAGGGUCCCGAGGCCGCAGUGGGGCAGCGGCGAAUCCCCCGCGCCAGGUUCAUGCAGGUGCAGGUGCAGGAGCUGGAGGGCGUUUUCCAGCGCACUCAGUACCCCAGCUGGCCCAUGCGACAGGAGCUUGCAAGGCGCAUGGGUGUGACUGAGGCCAGAGUGCAGGUUUGGUUUAAGAAUAGAAGGGCCAAAUGGCGGAGACAUCAGAGGGCAUUUGGGUUCAGGACCGAGCCCCCCAUGCUCCUGGUCCCCCCUGUCGCCAUCGGCUUUCGUGGACCCUGCAGUGCCAUCCUGAUUCAGGAACUGGAUUGCAUCUGGGUUUUUCUGGACCCACUGCCGCUGGGGCAGUCCCCGGGGCCGUCACUGGGGAUGCUCCUGCCGCCCUUACCUCCUCUGCUCUUGCCUCCUCUGCCCAGGCAUCUUCCACCUUUGCUUCGCUGUUGA